AUGUCAACUAAAUCUCAGAAAACCAGAAGGCCAAAAAGAGGCAAUAGAUAUAUACCACCAGACAGUGAGAGCAGUGAUUCACCAUCUGAAACUUCAUAUCGUUCAUUAAAAGGGAGACAUACUAAAAAAGUAUUACGAAAUAGUAAUUUAGGGAAAAGUAAUAGAUCACGUGUUCCAAUCCUACAAAGCUCAGAGAGCCAUUCCAAUAUGUCAAGCCGGAGAAAUACUGCAAAACAUACUGUCCAAAAGCCAACAAGUAAAAAGAGACACCGACGUCAAAACACUGUUGUCGUUGUUGGCGCUCCGAGAAGCAAUGAAUCAAAAAAGGUGAUCCCCAAAAUUGUUGUUAGAAACCCCACUCGUAAGGUUGUUAAAGUAUUGUCAAAACCAAAUAAAAUUAGUGAAGGACAUUUGACACCACCAGCUCCAAUGAUGCGUAAAAUGUCGAAAAAGCAAAAAUAUCAAAUUACAAUAGACAAAAAUACAAUUGUUGAAGCUCAAGAUGCACUUUUAGCAUCAUUUCCGUUACCGUCUUCAUCAGUUCCUCAAAGAUUUAGCAAAAAUACCUGCAUUAUUGGUGCUAUUAAUAUUCAAGCCUUUGGAGCUAAAAAAUUUUCUAAUCUUGCCAUAAUGAGAAUUAUUAUAGACAUCCUUCGACGAUACGAUAUUGUUUUUUGCCAAGAAAUUCAUGUACCAAAUGGUAAAGAAGGAAUAAUUCAACAACUUGCAAACAUUGUAUCAACACCUUCCACUCCCUAUUCUUUUGCGUUGAGUCGUCCUAUUGGUAGAAGCUCGUAUCAAGAAAGGUAUCUUUACUUGUAUAGAAAGAAUGAAUGGAAAGUAUUAGAGGACUAUGUAAUUGAUGAUGAAAAAAUGGGUGAUAAAUUUAUCAGAGAGCCCUACGUUGUUAGAUUUCAACAUUUAAGAAAACCCAACGUGAAAGUCACCCUUGUUGGUUGUCACACACAACCAGAGAAUGCAUAUAAUGAAAUAAAAGCGUUAGUGACUGAUAUAUAUAUUAAUCUGAGAAAAAAAAAUACGCAAAACAAUGAUGGAUUAUUCACUCUUUUAUGGAGUUAUUUAUGUUGUUGUCUAAAUGAUGUAUUUUUAAAAGAUAAAGAACCGAUAAUUUUAAUGGGGGAUUUUAAUGCAUCAGGUUCUUAUCUCAACAAACAAGAGCUUUCAAAACUUGAUGGAAUAUUACAUAAAAACAACCUGAUUUGGGGAAUUCAACAUUCAAGCGACACCACUGUUGCUGCGGGAGAUGCCGCUUAUGAUCGGUUUAUAUUCGAGGAAGCAAAUGUGCGAGAAUGGAUUGGACACACUCGUGUAUGGAGAUUUGAUGAGGCUUGGAUAAAUGAAAAAGUGGAUCCAAUUUUGGUCAAGAAUAUAGCAAAACGCAUCACAGACCAUUACCCUAUUGAAUUCGAAUUGAGGAUUUAG